AACACUGUCAGACCACGUCUCUACGGUCACUAUGAAAGGUGAUAACAGGGACAUUAGCAUGCAUGGUCUUGAGGUAUCUUUUGCCCUUGUGCUAGAUCAAAAUGUUUUUGCAUCGGAAGAGACUCUGGGAUCUAAUGUUUCGAACAGUUCUAGUCUGCCCGCAUGGUGACGAUCCUCCUGGCUCCUCAAGCAUGAGAAUUACCAUGACUCGUCAAGCAUGAUCAUUCAAUGUAUGUCAAGAUCGAAAUCCACUACUUCGUACUCUAUUACGAUCCGAUCCUCAUCAUCCAAAUGCAACUGAACAUCCAGCUCAAGCUCAAAAGCAAAAGAUCCCACGUAUACGACAUUGGCUGACAUUACGACAUUAGCUCACACAGGCGCCCAUAAUUAAAGAUGCUAUACCCUGUGAAUGGGUACUACACCAAUCAAUCUUCAAUCAAUCAAUCAAUCGAAAUGAAUCAUGAUGCAACAGGAAGCCACUUACAUUUUCGCUUGGAAAAUCAACUAGUAUUAUCUCGCUUACUAAAGCAAAUCAACAAGCAAUAAAAAGUUACUAGAUUUUUGAGAAGUUUUUACUCUCACUUGUUAGAGAAGACAAACAGAAAGAGGUGGGUCGUGCACGGAUUGUAGACCAUUAGAAAAAUGAAGACUGUUACUUUUACCGCAGCCACUUUGCUUGCCACAGCCACUUGUGGCUUGGCAACUCCGACUGCGGUGACCCCGUACGAUCAAGUCGAGAAGGGUUGGACUGAAUCGAAGGGAGCGUACUCGUCUAUGUUUCUUGAUGGCACUCUGCUCACCAAUGACCAAGUCAAGCGUGUCGUCGAGAACCGCAGUGGUCGGAUGCACCAAGACUCGUGGGCCGCUGCUGUAAAAGAUGCUCUGAACAUUGACAAUGGUGUCAAGGAAUCUGUGGACAGGAUGGUGACUGUGGCUGCCACGGUAUGCAAAGAAAACGGAGGUGUCGACUGCUUCAAGAAGGGGUUUGUGAGCGCUAUCGCAGACAAAGUCGGAGCGCCGUCGGUGGAAACGGAUUGGUUCAAGGGCACUAUCACCGAAGAGCUCACUGAGAAGGCCACGCCUGUGGUAUAACCUAAUAUUUUUUAUACAGCUCUUUAUUUCUGAGGAGUAAAAAAGACGAUAUCUAUGUGAUUCUAUGUGAUCGCGAUUUCAUCUUUUUACCGCUGUACUCAACAAAACCUCCAGGUGUUGCAGUUGGUUAAGUUCAUGGGCACCAAUGGUAUGCUCCCCUUGCUCGAGAGCGUCCAAAAGAUGGACGUUGCCGCCAUGCGCAAGCACGGCUUGGGUCACCUUUUGACCCAGAUGCACGAACUCGCAAAGAGUCCGAUUGCUCCGAUCUUGCUGAAGCACGUCAAGGAAGAGAUUUUCGGUUCCUCCAGCACUCAGGGAUGGAAGAAGAUCUGGCAUGCGGCAAAGGUGUUGUUCAAGGCAACAAAGGACCAUAAUGACCCUCAAGUUGGUAUUUUCGGAAAGAUGCUGACCGCGCGCGUUGAACAACACGCUGGAACGACGGGAGGGGCCCCGGGAGCUGCUGUCAAGGGAAAUGAUCAAGUCACCCUCACAAUCGACGGAGCAACCAAUGAAGUCCAAGACAUGGUCGCAGUGCCUAAGAGCGAUUAUGGUGCUACUUCGUACGCAGAGGCUUGGAACGCUCUGGAGAAAAAAAUCACCGAAGAUAACUUCGGACGUGCCCUAGGGCAACAGGACGUCCCCCACGACAACCGUGGAUACUUUUUGGAGUUGGUCGACUUGGUUGAACGCGUUGUGUCUCAGAACUUGAGCAUUUUCGAGGAUAUCUUCGAUCGAGAAUUUGCAUUGAAGGUGCAGGAGGUUGCUCAGCUCUUCGCUAAGAAUGCCAAGAGCAUGCUGUAUGCCCAGACUGAGAAUUCUACUCCCCAGUAUACCAUCUACGUUCUUUCGAACAGCAAGUUGCACCAGAUGCGUACCUCUUUCCUCGAAGCCACCUUUUCUUCUCUCUUCCGCUUCGACGAGACAUCCACCUUCGCUCUCUUGCGUUUGUUGAAACUGAAGGAGUCUGCUGCUGUGCUCCGAUUGAUCGUCAAGGAGCUGCUUUUUUCGGAGAACCAGAUGGAUUACCUCGUUGACGCUAUGCAUCACGUUACGUAUAAAAUGACGCAGUUUAUGUUGGCGGAACGUGCAAAUGACGCCAAUAUUCGCAACAUGCACAAAGAGAUGGACUCCGUGCUUAAAAACGCCUGGGAAGGUGCAUUCCGUGCUGCCAUUGUCCCUUUGAACGCCCAAGGCGUCCCGAGCGUUCGUACCAGAAUCCCGCACACAGUGGGUGACGAUAUGGGCUUGGAAACUGGCAUUGUGGCAAUUGCAGAACAGCGUGCUCGCGCCGCAGCUGAUCGCACGGCUGAGUGGGCACGAGAGGCAGAGGAAGAGAGACGAUCGCGAAUUACGCCGGAAGCUCUGGACCUCCGUGGUGCACCAAGUGGCCGACAGGUGGACGUGCGUGGCAAAUCUAUCAAGCUUCCGGGUGGUCUUUGGUACCAAGAAGCUGAUGGAAGCGAAAUCACUCUAACGGCAGGGGAAGGGAAACUCCUUGAUCGUCCUGAGGCGGAGCGUCAGUUUGUAGAUGCCCAUAAGGGUCACUUGUUGAAGACUUUGAUGAGGAUGUACGCUUUGCAGGCGGAGAGCUUCUUUGGUGUUUUCACCACUGAAGAUGGUGCUAAGGCGGUGAAAAAGCUCAAAGAAUUGGUCUUCGACCAAUUGAACCGCAACAAGCUGUUUGAAGGGGGUUUUUUGGCGGCGAUAAAAAAGAAUCUCACGCGCAUGUUCAACGCUGUUCGCAACCACUCUAUCCGCAACAAUUUGGUCAUCUUCCGCAUCAACGGAGAGCCAACUACCCUCUUGGUGCGCGAACUUCGCAAGGUGCGUUUUUUUGUCCCGCUUGAAGGUGAAAUCGUUGUGAUCACUGAGGAACCGGCGAAAGACGAGCCCGUUGCUCCGAUCGCCGACCCUGCUCCUCCAGCCAGCGAUGAAGGUCUUGCAGGUUGGCAAAUCGCUUUGAUCGUGGUGCUUCCGACUUUGGCUGUCGUCGCGGCAGCUAUUGGAAUCUACU